GCACCUGCGUAAAAGGCGCUAGCGGCGGAGGCACAGCCGUAAGAUUACUACCCAAGCAGCCGUCUCUUCUCCAGGCAGCCGCCCAGUCUUCCCAGAGCGGCUCCUGCGGUAGCUGCUAGCAGUCACACGAACGCACGCCCCGGCGGCCGCCCUUGCCGCCGCCUUCUUUCCUCUCUUCUUUUCCCUCCCCACCACCCCGCAUCCUCCAGUUUUGACUGCUGAGCUAAUCCGCCCUGCGACCUAGCUAGAAUGUCGUCGCCGCCGCCGGAUCUCCAGAGCUCCGAGGAGCAUCGGGCUGGGGACGGGGCGGAAGAUGAGAGUACAGCCGGAGCGUCUCCGAGGCGCUGGGAAGGCGAAGGGGCGCAGGCACCGGCAGCGGCAUUCAGAGCCGCCGAGCAACCUCCGCCCGUUGCCAUGGCAACUGCAUCCACAGGAGGAAUGACUUCCUCUCACUUCUAUGAUUAUGGUAGUUCCAAGACAUCAGACAAAAGCAAUGGCUCCCUUUACACCUCUCUGUUUUCUGAUGAACUCUAUACAGCACCUCAAGAUUCCUCUUAUUUCACCGGAAAUCUUUCCAGGGAGGACAAUCAUGUUACCUCUUCAGAGAGCACGGAGGGAAUUCAUGCCCAAGGUGGGCUGUUUAGCUCUGAUUCAGGAAUAGAGAUGACCCCAGCAGAAUCCACUGAUGUCAACAAGGUUUUAGCUGAUCCAGUGGAACAGAUGAAAUCUGAAUCCUACAAGUACAUGGACAUCAGUAGAUCAGAAGAGAUUAAAUAUCAAGAGAGCUGUGAUACAGUCAAGGAAGACCUGAGUCCUCUCAGCUUGAUUAAUCAAGGAGUGGAGGACAAGAUUGGAGCAAAAGGGAUACCAUUUGAUGAAAAACAUGAGUCUAAAGAGGGCUCAUCUUUUCUACUGGACCACCAGUAUAGCCCCUCAGAAACAUCACAAGUCAAGAUUACACUGACGGAAAUAGAAACUAUGGAGGUGCCUGUAUCAAAGGAGAAAACGCCUGAAAAACAAGAAGCUGGUCUCAAACCAAGUCAUGAAAUAGUUCCUACAGUGACAGUCUCUGAGCCAGAAGAUGACAGCCCAGGCUCAAUUACUCCACCUUCUUCAGGAACAGAACCAUCUGGUUCUGAGUCUCAAGGUAAGGGCAGCCUUUCUGAAGAGGAACUUAUUAAUGCCAUUAAAGAAGCAAAGGGCUUCCCAUUUAAGCAUCCUGAAGGCCAAGGACCACAAACUGUUGUACCAGAAAAACAAGAUAAGAAAAACAAGUUGACAGAAUUUCCAGCAGGAACUACUCCCUUGGAUAAUGAAGCAAGCAGUGCUGAAUCUGGUGAUUCUGAAAUAGAAUUGGUAUCAGAAGACCCCCUAGCUGCUGAAGAGGUUCUCCAUUCCAACUACAUGACCUUCAGCCAUGCUGGAGGCCCUCCACCUUCCCCAGCCUCUCCUUCAAUACAGUAUAGCAUUCUGAGGGAAGAACGUGAAGCUGAACUGGACAGUGAGCUCAUAAUUGAAUCAUGUGAUGCUUCAUCAGCCUCUGAGGAGAGCCCUAAACGGGAGCAUGACUCUCCCUUAAUGAAGCCAAUUAUUAUGGACAUUAUUGAAGAAGAAAAUCAUACUAGGAAUGAAGGCACCAGGGCUUCGGAUUACAAUUUAAGUGGCUCCAAGGAAAGCAGAAUGAACAGGGAAAAUCUAGCAGACUCAGCCUCCUACUUGAAGUGUUCCUUCACCGCAUCUAAAGUCCAUGCUGAUACCGUGUCUUCCUCUACCAUCAGUAGUGAAGAAAUAAAGGACAAAGUAGCUCAGAAGAAAUCAGUUGAAGUGGCAGCGACUGCUACUGGAAAGAAAUCACCAUCCAAGGAUUCAUUGACAAGAAGUCCCUGGUCUUCACCACCACUGCCAUUUUUAAAUAAGCAAAAAGCUAUUGAUCUCUUAUACUGGCGUGACAUCAAGCAAACUGGGAUCAUGUUUGGAAGCAUCCUGCUGUUAUUGUUCUCCCUAACCCAGUUCAGUGUUGUCAGUGUAAUUGCUUACUUGGCAUUAGCAGCUCUCUCAGCUACCAUCAGCUUCAGAAUCUACAAAUCAGUGCUACAGGCUGUGCAAAAAACCGAUGAAGGACACCCAUUCAAAAACUACUUGGAAAUGGAAAUGUCUCUCUCCCAGGAACAGAUUCAGAAAUACACAGAUUGCCUCCAGUCCUACGUGAACAGCACAGUCAAAGAGCUUAGGCGACUUUUUCUGGUCCAGGAUCUGGUUGAUUCCUUAAAGUUUGCAGUACUAAUGUGGUUGUUGACUUACGUUGGAGCUCUCUUCAAUGGCUUAACUCUCCUGAUAAUGGCUGUGGUCUCAAUGUUUACUCUACCUGUGGUAUAUGACAAGUAUCAGGCACAGAUUGAUCAAUACUUGGGGCUUGUGAGGACCCACAUAAAUACUGUUGUGGCAAAAAUCCAAGCAAAAAUCCCAGGCGCUAAGAGGAAGGCUGAGUAAAAGUAGCAGCAAGAAUCUAUCAAUUACAGGAGUGAAUGAUAAGAGAGUCUGGGAUGAAAACGGCUCUGUUCUUUUUAUUUAUAAUUUAUUAUUCAUCUCUCUUUUUCUCGCUUGCUCUCUCUCUCUCUCUCUCUCUCUGGGUGAAGGCAGAUGUAAAAUAGAAAAACUCAACAGUGUUGCAGCAUGCCCCACAAUCCUAGGUCGAGCCUGGCUUUCUCUGAAAUUCACAACCAAAACAACAGUCAUAAGUGCCACGAAAAUGGGCUCAGCUACCUGCCUUUAGUUUCUUCUUCCCUAUUCUUCAGGCUGGCUUUCCAGCUAUCCAAAAUAAUGAGAGCACUGCAAAAAUGUUCAUGAAUUUUUGUUCAUUUCUUUUUAUAUAGCUACCUAUAUAUCCAAACAACAUACCACUUCUUUGAAAAUGUAAAGUUAUUUUAGGGAUUGCGAAGAGAACAUUUGGGUGACAUCAUGAGAAAGCAGCCAAUCAGCACUGUGCGCAGCCAGCUUCUGCUUCAAAUUUGCAGAACUAUUUUUUUUCUUUUCCAGUUCCAUCCUGGGUGGUGGUGGGGAAGGAUGUUUGGAUUCAAUGUAGUGAGGGUGCUGCUGGAAUGACACCAUUGCUCUGAAUGUGUUACAUUUGUCUUCACUCUUCUUUCUUUCAAACACCAUGAUCUCAGAGAUGUGAAAUAAUGAAACAGCUUCUCUCCCCCACACUUCUCCUGCUGUUUCUGUACUAUCUUAGACUAUUUGCAAUCAUGUAUGUCAAGCACUAAAGUAUAGUAAAGAGAAAAGUGUUCUAGGUGUGGUUCUUGUGUUGCUUCUUAAGUGCAUGAUGGUGAGAACCUAAAGUUACUAUUGAACUUUCUAUUUUUUAUUAUCUAGUGCUUCUACUAUUAUUUCUUCUAUCAGCAUCGCUUAAAUAACUCUGAAUGUUACAUGUGGCUAGGGCUUUCCUGCUUAGUGCACUGAUGCAGUUUUGCUUCUACGUCCACUGGGUUUGCUGGUUGGCUUUAUCUUGACUAUUUAGAAUCAUAGACUGAGUCUUCAAGUGUCAUUGUUUCUCUUUUGGCACAUCUAAUUAAAAAACAAGCCAAGGAGCAAUCAGUACUUAAAUGGCAUAAUUCAUUUUGUAUAACUCUCUUAAGAAAUUGAAAAUAAAACCUACACACCCAGUAUCUUUUCUUUUGUUUUCUUUUGUUUGUUUGUUUUUUAAUUUGCUCUUCAAGGAUCAGUGGUCUGAUUACAUGUAUGGGAAAAUUAAAACUUCCAGCUUGUAAUACGUAUCACAAAUUUGUAUGACGUUCUCUGUAGGAUUUAAUUAUGGAUUCUUAAAUAUUUGCACUUAUGUACUUGAUACUGAAUGCAGAAAUAAAUGUUACUAAAUGUUAAAA